AUGACGGGAGCAACCGAAGAAAACGUUGAAAUAGAAAUUGAGCAAAAGAAUGACUCCAUCACAAGUCGUGAAAGCAUCAAUCAUCCGGCGGUUUUGUUAAUCGGGCUUCAGGGUGCCGGAAAAAGUAUGUUGGGAAAUAUGCUACUAGGUGGAUACACUAUUAAUCCCGAGGCGAAAAAAUUUGAGGUUUAUGAUGGGAGUUAUGAGGAAAAUGUGCAUAGACCGAUGGAUAUCAGAACUGCCGAAAUUGAAAUAAACAACAACAAAUUCACAUUGGUAGACACUCCUGGUAUAAUCGUGACAGAAACUCACACACGAAGGAGUUGGUCUGAGAUUCUUAAUGCCAUUGAAAAAGCUAAGAAAAAAUCUGGUACGCGCCUAACGGCGGCUGACAAAACACACAUCGAAGAAGUUAUAAGAAUUCUCGGCACUGACCGACUAAUCAUCGUAUUCACAAAGCGACGUAAGGACGUUACCAUUAAUAAGGAAAAGAUGGAAGACAUGUUUAACGAAGAACUUAGAUCAAUCCUCAAAUUGAUUAAUAAUCGUUGGGUGGUGGCACCUGAUUUGGAUAUUUUUGGAAGAAGUGACGAGGGUAAGAAAGAUAUUGAGAAAAAUAUGAAUGAAUUGAAAAGGCUUAUUUCCGAAAUGGAGGUUCCAAAGAAGAGAGCUACCGGAUUCCACGAACUGAUUAUAAAUAACUGGAAAGUGAUCGUUGUUUCGAUGUCGGUAAUAACCGUGAUUUUGAUUGCAAUUUCCGUCGUUUACGCCGAGAACUCAAAACAUUCCACCAUAUAA